AUGUCAUCAACAGCUGAAAUAAUAAAUUCAAACACUGGAAUAGAGAGUGUUGAACAAAAUACAUCUCAAUCACCUAUUCCGUCAUUGGUUCCUAUGACACACAGUGCACGAGAAAUAUUUGAAUCUUAUAGAAAUAUUAUUGAAGCUAAGGCACAAAAAUAUUAUCCGAUGCCGGCUACAUUUCAAAUGGUUCCUUUAAGAAUGUCUAUUAUGGAUAUUGAUGGAGUUAAAACAUAUUUUUUCAAGGCUCGUGUUCCGAAUAAUAAAUUUGUUAACGUACGUGUUAGAUUAUCUGGUAAAGCUGAAUCUAGAGACAACCAAGUAGCUGUUGAGCCACGUGCUAAUGGUGAUGUCGAGGAAAACAUUAGUAAAAUGUUUUAG